AUGGCACGUUAUGUUUUGAAAACGCUGCUUUUCUUCUGUUUCACAUUCAUAACACACACCGGGGAAGCUGCGGAGAAUGAUACGCCUACUAUACCUGAAUAUCUGCUACCAUGCAGUCGCAGCGAUCCAGACUUGGACAACUGUAUAAAGAGAUCCUUCAAUCACUUACGACCCUACCUAGCGAGAGGUCUAACGGAUUUGGACGUCCCACCAGUUGAGCCUUUGUUUAUAGACAAACUGGUGAUGGAAAAUGAUGCUGGACCAGUACGAGUGAGAGCAACCUUCAGCAACAUCACUGUAGUUGGACCUAGUAAUUAUACUGUCACUAAAAUUAGAUCUGAUUUGAAAAAGUUGAGAAUCGACAUGGGCCUGGUUCUACCUCGCAUCGAAGUCACCGGUCACUACGAAGUGAUGGGACAAGUUCUUCUCUUCCCCGUCCGCUCACAGGGAGACUUCUGGGCUUCAUUCAACGACGUGGUUGCUAUCGUGAAGAUAUUCGGCAAGGAGAUAGAGAAGGAGAACGUUAAGUAUAUGACGGCAGACAGGAUGAUGGUGGACUUCAAGCUGAAGAGCUCCAGGUUCAAGGUCAGGGACACCGUCAACCACGGCAGCGUUAUUGGAGAGGCGAUGAACCAGUUCCUCAACAACAAUGCUCAUGAGAUCAUCGAUGAGAUGAGGCCAGCUGCCUCCGCUGCCAUCGCAAAACAUUUCCGUACCUUCCUCAAUGCAGCCUUCGAGAGAAUACCUAUCGAUGUUUGGUUGACGCCUUAA